AUGAGGCUGAGGCGGCUGCUGCUGCGCUACUACCCGCCGGGAAUUAUUCUGGAAUAUGUACAAGGUGGUGAGCCGAAGACCAGAUCUAUAGAUCUACUUGAUCUUAGACCUGACACAGAUGCCAUAGCCUUAGUAGAAGAAAUUCGAAAAGGAGAACCUCUCAUCACAGCUUCGUGCAAGGAACACGUCAUACAUUUAGUACGAAGAUUGCAAGAGAAGCUAGAGGAAAAAGAGGACCACAAGUUCUAUCUUUUUAAGGUACUUAGAGCACAUAUAUUGCCACUGACUAAUGUAGCAUUUAACAAAUCUGGUUCCUGCUUUAUCACUGGAAGCUAUGACAGAACCUGCAAAGUAUGGGAUACUGCAUCAGGAGAAGAGCUACGUACGCUGGAGGGACAUGGAAAUGUUGUCUAUGCAAUAGCUUUCAAUAAUCCCUAUGGUGACAAGAUUGCCACUGGAUCUUUUGAUAAAACCUGCAAACUGUGGAGUACGGAAACAGGAAAAUGUUAUCAUACUUUUAGAGGACAUAGUGCAGAAAUAGUAUGUUUAUCAUUUAAUCUUCAGAGUACAUUGGUGGCAACUGGAAGCAUGGAUACCACCGCCAAAUUAUGGGAUAUAGAGAAAGGAGAAGAAAUAGUCACUUUAAGUGGGCAUUCAGCAGAAAUUAUUGCGUUGUCUUUCAACACCACUGGAGAUAGGAUUAUCACUGGCUCCUUUGACCAUACAGUAGCAGUGUGGGAUGUUGGCACUGGCAGGAUGUUACAUACUUUAAUAGGUCACCGAGGAGAGAUUAGCAGUGCACAGUUCAACUGGGACUGUUCUCUUAUUGUCACUGGAUCAAUGGACAAGACAUGCAUGCUGUGGAAUGCUAUGACUGGGACGCAUAUAGCAACUUUAACAGGUCACAGUGAUGAAAUAUUGGAUGUCUGCUUUGAUUAUGCUGGCCAGCGUAUUGCAACUGCCUCCGCUGAUGGAUCAGCAAGAGUCUAUAAUGCAGAAACAAAAAAGUGUAUUGCAAAGCUAGAAGGGCAUGGAGGUGAAAUUUCAAAGGUAUGUUUCAACCCUAAAGGCAAUCGUAUACUAACAGCCAGCUCGGAUAAAACAGCUCGACUCUGGGAUGCUGCUACUGGACACUGCCUUCAGAUAUUAGAGGGUCAUACUGAUGAGAUAUUCUCCUGCGCUUUCAAUUACAAAGGCAAUAUAAUCAUUACAGGGAGCAAGGAUAACACCUGUAGAAUAUGGCACUGACUGAAGAGAAGGAAAGAUCCAGUUUGGUAUAUGCCUACUUUGUGAGUUUCAUAGUCAAUAAACUCAGUCUUUCAGAUCUGUUUUCUUUUACCCUCUUUGUUUGCCUUUAGCUUUGCUGAAGUAGAAAAGUUACCUAGAUUUUGAUAGGUUUGACUUCGCUGAUGUCUGGUAGAUAUGGAAUCACAGAAUAGUAGAAGUUGGAAGGGACCUCUGGAGAUCAUCUAGUACAACACCCCUGCUCAAAGCACUGUUAACCAAGCAGGCUGCCCAGGACUGACGUGGUUUUUGAAUAUCUCCAAGGACAGAGACUCCACGGUUUCUCUGGGCAACCUGCUUAGUGUUUGACCACUCUCACAGUAAAAAAAGUUGGGUUUUUUUUCCUUAUGUUUAAAUGGAAUGUUUUCUUGUAUUUCAAUUUGUGCAUGUUGGCUCUUCCCUGGGUACCACCGAGAAGAGUCUGGCUCUGUUAUCUCAGUCACCUGAGAGAAAUCAUGAUUAGUGUGAACGAAUCCAGUAGGAUGGUCCCAUUUCUUUGUGUGUCAUUUCUAACUUGAAACCCUUUUAAUAAAAAAAAUACAGCAUUAUAAUA